GUGUAGUUUUCCGGCGGAACAAUAAUCGUGAACACACACAUUUGAGCACAUUUUUCUCGAUGUAGAAUUUUUUAUAUAACGUUAUAUAUAAGAGUAAGAGAGCGUAAUUCUGAUAUUGUUUUACACGCAAUAUCACCCUUUUCAACGUGGGGAUAAACUAAGAUUACAAGUAAUUUUCUUACAUACUGUAAUUUUACGCUGCGCAGCUUUUUUCAUCUGGCGCGUAACGUUACCUACAUUUUAAAUCGCUCUGGUUAUUGUAUGUUUUAAUAGUAGUUUGGAUAUCAAAUUCUCACAACGACUGAACAUCACAAACAGUCGGCGGGAGAUCGGUGACUUCAUGGCUUCAACGGUGGACUUCAGGACUCUGGUUGAUCAGUCAUGCAGAUACUCGGACGAAUUCGUCAAUAUCUAUUAUGACUGUAUGGACAAGAGAAGAAGGAAUUUGACGAGGCUGUAUCUGGACAAAGCUACGCUAGUGUGGAAUGGAAAUGCAGUCACAGGUCAUGAUGCUCUCAGCGAGUUCUUCGAGUCUCUUCCUUCCAGUGAAUUUCAAGUGCAAUCUCUUGACUGCCAGCCUGUGCACGAACAAGCAACUCAAGGCCAAAUGACUUUGUUGGUGGUUACAGCUGGCUCAGUGAAAUUUGAUGGAAACAAGCAGAGAUACUUCAACCAGAAUUUCUUAUUAACUGCCCAAGCCUCUCCUAACAGCGACCAGCCCGUAUGGAAGAUUGCAAGCGACUGCUUUCGCUUUCAAGACUGGGCAAACUGAAUUGCAGCUUCAAAUCUUUUGUAUAGCUUUUUUUCAUUUUUGUAAACUCAUUGCAAUUUAAUAUGUUCUGUAAAUAAAACCCAUUGACCAUUAAACUGUUUCUACUAUGGCGUACCACACAAUUUGAGUAGAAAACGAUUUUAAUUGUCCUCAGCAAAUAUAACAUACAGUGAACCACAAUAAAUAAGCAUCAUAGAACAUUCUACAAGUGAAUUCACAAUUUAUCAAUGCAAACAUUUGACUGCUGUAUAGUCUAGCUUGUGGUGACUUGAACCCUGAGGGUUGUGUGGGGAAAAAACUGAUUAAUUUGUUGGCUUAAUGGCUAUUCGUUUAACAAUGGCUAAAAAUCCCUGACAAAAAGAAUAGUGCAACUGACAAAAUAAUUAUAAAUAAAACACUUUCUAGAAUGAGACAUUCGGUAACCCAAGAGCUAACAAAUUACAGUGCCUGUAACAGAUCACACUU